AUGUCGCCUACUCCAUCCUUCUCCUCCAAAUUCAUCCUGAUAACGGGCGCAAACAGCGGCAUAGGAAAAGCCACCGCCCUCUCCCUCGCCACCCUAAACCCAGCACAACUCUGGAUCGCCGGCCGUAACGUCGAAAGCGGCCAUGCUGCCGUCGCUGAGAUAAAAGCCAUGGGCGGCUACCCCGGCACCACACCUCAAGGUCAUGAACUGCAAUUCGGAACGAACCACGUUGGCCAUGCCCUCCUGCUUAAACUCCUCACACCAACCUUGCUUUCCACUGCAGAGACCACGGGCUUGACACCACGCGUCAUCUCCGUCAGCUCGCGGGGCCACGCUCACACCGCCGCCCUGCCAGACGGCGGCAUCGCGUUCGACACGUUGAAAUACUCCCAAACUGAUUUGUCAGGCGUGAACAAAUACACGCAAUCCAAACUAGCCAACGUACUCUACGCGCGCCAAUACGCGUUACACUACCCACAGAUCCUUACUGUGGCGAUCCACCCUGGUGAUGUCUUGACAGAGAUCUUCAAUAAAGGCGCUGAGGGAGGUGAUGAGCAGAUCAAGUAUCUGGCGAGGGAGGUGGCGCCUAAGAGAUGUGGAUCGCUGGAGGAAGGCAUCAAGAAUGGGGUUUGGGCGGCGACGGCGGAGGGCGUGCUGAGUGGACGGUAUUAUGAACCUGUGGGUGUUUUGGGUAUGGGGAGUGAGUUGUCCAAGGAUACGGGAUUGGGAGAGAAGUUGUGGGCCUGGACGCAGCGAGAGAUGCAAGGGUGGGAGCUCUAG